AAUUCUGUGUAUUUAUGCUAUUCGAUUCUCUCCGACUUCAUCAUUCAGUCUAGGAGAGGUUUUCGAUUAAGAUAUUCAGAUUUCGCGUGCCGUAUGCUUUUAAAGUAUUUUGGAAAAAUAUAAUAGACAGUUACCUUGUACGCUAAGAAAAUGACGUCUUACGUUAUUUCAUUGUCUAUUGCUCUUAUCGCCGGUUUGGCUUGUCAAAUGACGAUCGGCAGGGAGUUGGAACGAGAAACCAGAAUUCACGACGAAACUACUACGAUAUAUUCGGAGUACGUAGAGGCGGAAGGAAAAGACGAGGAAAAAUGGUUAAAUGAAAAUGAGGAAGCGUAUGAUACGGGAGAUACGCAGAAAAACAGUAAGGAAUCAAAUGUGGAAUUGGUUAGUAAACAUUUCGACACUUCACCAUUGACGCUCAAGAAAUUCAUGGCGAAAAAUUCAAAUCCUAACGAAGACGGCCGUCACGUGAUCCGCGUAACCGACGUUACCGACAGUGCGGAUUCUCGUAGGAAAAUACAGGAAACUGUGGAAGAAUCAAGACCGCAUUAUUAUACGAAAUCGACUAAGAACGUUAAUAAAGACGCGAGAGGGAAAGAAAGUAACGAAGAUAAUGAAAGUGGAGAAAAAUGCGACACGCACAAGAGAGACAGGAAGUACUGCGAAAAUUUUUGCAAGAUGGCCGCGCGGAAAAAUAUUCUUACCAAGAAGAAUAUUUCCAUUAACUCCGAGGACGUUGCAGGCAGCGAAAAUUCGUCAACGGAAAUAAAUACGGUAAACGGCACAGAAGAAUUUUCCAAAGUUCACAAGGAAUCUGAUACGGCAAGAAUUAUCGCGACAGACUAUUCAACACCAAGUCGAAGGGAAGCACCAAGAUUAUAUCAGGAGUCAACGCCGUCAGAUACGCAGGACGCAAAGGAACGAGUAGGAGUCAAGUAUUACGAAAAAUCAAAAGAAUCCGUUCCACCAAUAAUCGUAUCUUUGUACAAGAGACUAAUUCCGUAUAUGAGACAGUCACCCGAAGUAAUGGAAUCCGCCGAAGCAACGACUGCGGUCGGGAGCGAUUUAUUACACGAAGCAAUCGAAAGUGACACCGUAACCUCAAAUGUAGAGAAACCGAUAACGUCUGGCAAGGAAAAUAAGAAGGACUCGAGCCAGCGCGGAGAAAGUCUCGAGUCGUCGGCCACAUGGAAAUUCGCGGAUUCUGAACGAGUCAACAAGACUCUGACAAGCUCCGUCGAUAAUGCAGCGAACUCUAACGACGACGAGUCAAAUUUCCAGGACGCGAGAGCCUCGCAGGCGCCCCAAUCGCGACUGUACGCGUACGACCCGGAGGGCGAGAAGGAAGAUGACGACGAGCGGGUAAUUCAGCCGUAUUUGAAAAAGGCGAACGAGAGAUGGAUAAACAUAAUAAUAAACAAUUAUCCCCCACACGCAUGUAACAAUGAGAAAAUGUAAAUGACGAGUGUCCGUCUAAAAUAAUAAAAUCCUAACGAUAUGAAUGCACAUAAUAAAGCUUGUCUGGCGCAA